GGGAACCCUGCCCCUGAUCUCAGCUGGCAAUUUAAUGGGCAAAUUCUAGACAUGUAUGACUUUCAAUACACAAAGAUCUUGGAGUACAGAGAAAACGGUACACUUAUCCAUGGCUGCCUGUACUUUAAUAAACCAACACACGUCAACAAUGGCAACUAUACCCUUCUGGUGUGGAAUGAGCUAGGAAGAGACAGCAAAAGUGUGUACAGCACAUUUAUGGACAACCCUUUUGACUUUAAUCCAGAGGAACCUAUCCCAGUGUCGCUGUCUCCCGAGGGCGGAGGCAACAGCACCUACGGGAACCCCAUCGAGACAGUGGAGGACAACACAUUUGGGGUCUCUGUGGCUGUGGGACUGGCCAUCUUCGCCUGCUUCUUCCUUCUCCUCCUG